GAUAAAGCAGUCUUUCUAAAGAGCUAAUGGAAUGAAUCCUUAGAUGUGAAUGAAAUGUAAUGACACAAAAGUAAAAGGCAGGUUCCUGCCUCCCACUUUGCGUGGCUGCAGAGAAAGCAUUGACGUGUUGUGGGAGCACCUAAGAAGUGCCACAGAGAACUGGGACAUGUCCGAGGGCUAUGAACCACUGUGAGGUGGCCACCAGUCAGGCCUGGGCAAACGCCCUGUCCUGUGUCCAGAAGAGAUGUGUCCCGUGAGCCAGGCUGAGAAGGCUCCAUGCCAGGGCAGAGCCCAAUGGGAUGGUCAUGCAGAGCGUAUCAGUGGGGCUGGCUGUGGGCAUCCCACGGCCCUACCAGAAGUGGGCAACACAGGCUGCAAAAGCAGAAGGCCAGAACCAAAUCCCAGUGCCAGAGGAACAUGUGCCUGGGGACCUCUUUUGGGUUUUCUCUCUGAAGAGCAUCAGUGGAAUCAAGGCAUUGUGCGCCUGUGGGGGUGGUUAUAGGUGAAGAUGCAGGAGCCAGAACUUGUUGUGAAAGCACUGCGAGCUGUUCUUCAUGCCUUUAAAAAUGGUGUACGUUUGUCAGAGCUUCAGAGUGAAUACAGAUCUCUGACCAAUGAGUUGAUUCCCUUCAGGCACCUAGGAUAUGACACGCUGGAAGGCUACUUGGAGAGUAUCCCAGGAGUGGUCAGAAUGGAAGAGAACAAAAUGGGAGAGGUCGUCUGCCAUGCUGUGAGUUGCAGUGAAACUGUGCGAGUUGCUCAACUGGUGGCCCGACAGAGGAGUUCCAAAAAGAAAACGGUCCGGCAGGUGAACUGUCAGAUGAGGCUGAAGAACACAUCUCCAGUCAGUUUAUCAGGAAAGCCCAAAGGAACUUUGCGACAGCCCCGGUCUUUGAGUGUGCCAGAAGAAGGCAGCAAGAAGCCUGUUUCUCGCCUGCCCCGAGGCAGAGAAGUGGCGUCUGGAGCUGUGAAACCUGUUGUGGACAGUGCCCGGUCUACCUUGCCUUCAACUGCUGGGAGUGGAUCACCUAAAGAAAUCCCCAUGCAGAGGCAUGUCACUGUGGUAAACAGGUCUGAGAAGAGACUGACAGUCCCACCACGGUUUCAGAAAGAGUUGCAAGUUCACCUGUCCAGAAGCUCUUCCACAGAAUCAAAUGAUAACUUAAAUACAUCCACUGCAGAGACACAUACUGUUUCCUCUGGCUCUUCUGCUGCUGAUGUCAAUGAACUUCAGAGUCGCAUUAAGGAGCUUCUGAGCAAGUACAGCAGUGGUGUCAAGGUGUCAAAGAUGCCACAGAUCUAUCGGGAAAUGUUCUGGGAGGAUCUUAGCACAGAAGUGCUCCAUCAGCUUGAGAACUGGCCUCAUGUGUGCACAGUGGAGAAAAUACACAGGGGCGAUCAGAUGGAUGAACACCUUUAUCCUGCAAAGAAAAUACCACCGGCAGCAAAAAGCGAUGCCGAUCAGGAAAAGGCGUCUCAGAAUGUUACGUCUUCAAAAGCAGACCCUUUGUUAAAACCGAAUGUGGAGACCACGUCUGCAUCACUGAGCAGCGACCUAAAGCAGAAAGUUGUUAGCAUCUUGCUGAAAUAUUCCAAUGGUCUUUGGGCUCAUGCACUGCCCAAAGUGUACCAAGACACUUACCAAGCAAAAUUUCCAGAAGACGUUCUCAGUAAUCUAGAGUUGCUCUCAGAUGUGUGUACGGUGGAUUAUGUAUCUGAAGUCCCCAGAAGGGCUAUCCUCUAUGCUAAACCCCAAAGAUGCAUUGAUGAAAACCUGAAUGUCACUGAGAAAGUCCAGAGUCGUGAUGGAGUGAAGGCCACAGCUGAACAGCAGGAUGAAGAAUCCAAGGACCAGUAUCCAGAGAACAUAACUGUUCCUUCUCUAAUCAUUCCGUCGGAAGGAUCUGUGUCCAUCGUGGUGUUAGAACUGAAAAACACUAAUGAGGUCCUAAUUAGGUUUGUGGGCAAAGAUUAUUCUUCUGCCCAGGAACAAAUGGAAGAUGAGAUGAAAGCAUACUAUAGUCAGAAUAGCACAGUGUCAGCAGCUCAGUCUCUGAGUGUUGGGCAGCUUGUUGCAGUACAUGCUGGAGAAGACGCCUGGGUGCGUGCUCGGAUAAUUUCUCUAGAAGACAACAGAAUAAAGGUACGCUAUGUUGAUCAUGGCUUCACUGAGUUUGUUGAAAGCAACAGUGUGUACAAACUACAGAAACAGUUCAGUUCGCUUCCUUUUCAAGCUGUAAAGUGUAAACUGGCAGGACUGGAAGCCUUUUGUGAUGAUCCUGUCCUAAUAAAGACUGUGGAAUCACAGACAUGCUUCAAGAUAUUUGCUGUGGAAAUAUUGGAAAAAAGUGAUAUUCCUCUUCUUGUUCUCUAUGACACGUCUGGAGAAGAUGAUAUCAACAUCAAUGCUACUUGUCUGAAGGCAUUGUAUGACAAGUCCCUUGAACUGCACCUGCAGGUAGAUGCACUAUAUACAAAUGUCAGAGUAACCAGUGUUUUCUCUGAUGGAACCCUGUAUUGCCAAGUGCCAUCCAAAGGCUUGUCUAGACUCUCUGAAAUAUUGCAGAAACUAGAAGACUACUUUGUUUACAAGCAGACUUCCGAGUUAAAUGUGUUGCUGCCUUUCUGUGGCAAAAUCUGCUUGUUUCCUUCUAAAGGAAAAUGGGCACGUGUAGAGAUAAAAAUUAUUCACACUAGACGGGCACUGGAUGUGCAGUUCAUGGAUACUGGAACUGUUGCAACUGUGAAAGUAUCAGAGCUCAGAGAAAUCCCACCACAAUUCCUGAGAGAAGUAAUUGCAAUACCUCCUCAGGCUUUAAAAUGCUGCCUAGCAGAUCUGCCUCCUAACACUGGCAUGUGGACUCCAGAUGCUGUACUGUGGCUGAGAGACACUGUAAUGAAUUGCCCUGAAUUUAGCAUGAAGGUGAUUAAACAGGAUGGUUCAAAGGGAAUUGCACACGUUUACUUAUUCGCUCCAGAGAAUUUCCCAGACAUGGAUCGAAGCAUCAACAGACAGAUCAAAAAUGCAGACUUGUGGAAGCAUCAGAAAGAUGUUUUCUUGAGCGUUACACCCAGUGGGACUAGCUCCACAAAAGUUAUAAGUGACGGUGUUUCAGCUCUGCAGUUAACUAGUGGGAAGCUGGAGAAGAGUUUCUCUGAUUCAGCCAAGGAGCCCAGCAGUGCAGUGUCUGCUGUCGAUAUGCCUCCUCCUCUACCCUUGCCAAAGCCUGGCGAGCUCAUGGAUAUCUAUGUCUCAGUGGCCUGCCAUCCAGGCCACUUCAUUGUCCAGCCUUGGAAUGAGCUAAACAAUCUGUAUGCCCUGAUGGAAGAAAUGAUCUUGUACUACAGCAGGGCAGAAGAGAAAGCUGUGAAUAUUGAAAAAAACAAGCUAUAUGCAGCUAAAAUUGGAGAUGAGUGGUACAGGGUCACAGUAAAAGGAAUUCUUAGGAACGGUUUUCUGUCAGUGUAUGAGCUGGACUAUGGCAAACAUGAGUUUGUCAGCAUUCGGAAAGUACAGCCACUCACAGAUGCAUUUAGAAGACUGCCUUUCCAAGCUAUAACAGCUCAGCUUGCAGGAGUGAAAAACCAGCAGUGGUCAGAAGAGGCAUCAAUAGUGUUUCGGAAUCUUGUAGAGAAGAAACCCUUUGUGGCACAGAUACAGGCAGUUAAUGAAAGCACUAACUCUUGGGAUCGAAAAAUAGUGACUUUUCUCGUGGACACAUCUCUUCCACAUAUUGAUACAUGGAUUCAUGAUUUUGUGUCACAAAGUCUUGUGGAAUUUUCAAAGAGUGAUUAAUCACCACUUCUGAAACGUAGCAGCUUAGUGAUGAAAUAAGUAACAAGCUUUGAAGAGAAAUAUAACUACUACAUGGCCUUGAAGACAUAAUGGGGAUAAAACUGAAAUAUCUGUGUUUGUUUAACAAGUUUGGUUUCUGUUGACUUCAGUUGAUUUUUUGAAAAUUUUCAUGUUGUUUACCAUUGUAAUGCUAGAAUAUUUAGAUUAAAAUAUUUAAGAAGUUAUUUAUCAAUAAAACAAUGUUGAAUUUU